CCUCAUACUGAGAGGGAGAGAGCGAGAGUGAGGAAAAAAUCUCUUAUGAGUCACACCAAGCUAGAAGAAGAUAGAAGAGCUAGACGAUAUAAAACGUCUAGAACCCCAAGAGAGACAGAAAUGUGUACACCUGUGCGUGUCAGCGUUUGUUUGUGCUAGCUAGCUGCAGGCCUCUCGCUGUUUAGCUCGCCAGUCGAUCAUCACAGAUCGGCUCAAUCGAUCGCCUUUGCCAACAACCAUAUACUGAUCAUCUCUCUGCAUCAUCUCUAGCUAUCUCUCUGCCGGACGGCUGCAGGCUGCCGGUGAUCGGCCUCCAAAGACGACGCUGGAUUGAUCGAAUCGAUUUGGAUUGGAACAUGGGUAACGCGCUGGGAUGCGUGGGGCUGGGGGAGCGGCUGGCGGCGGCGGCGAGGGACGGCGACGCGGCGGCGGCUAGAAGGCUGCUGGCGGCGGACCCGGGGCUGGCGCGCUGCUCCGGCUCCACCUUCGGCAGCCUCAGCUCGCCGCUGCAGAUCGCCGCCUCCAAGGGACACCACGAGAUUGCUGCGUUGCUGCUGGAGAACGGGGCCGACGCCAACGCCAGGAACCUAUGCGGACAGACGCCGCUAAUCCAAGCCUGCCGCUCCGGCCACUGGGAGGUCGUCCAGACGCUGCUCGCCUUCGGAUGCAACGUGUGGAGGGCGGACGGGCUGAGCGGGCGGACGGCGCUGCACGUGGCGGCGGCGGGGGGCCACGUGCGGUGCGUGCGCCUCCUCCUCGCCGGCGCCGGCGCCGGAGACGACGAAGAGAGGGUCCGGUACGUGAACAAGGCGGCGGGCGGCGGCGGCGUGACGGCGCUGCACCUGGCGGCGUUGCAGGGGCACGUGGAGUGCGUGCACCUGCUGGCGGACGAGCGCGCGCGGCUCGACGCCCAGACGCUGCCCUGUGCCGCCGCGCCCAUGGCCUCCGUCGGCGCCGGCAGCACCCCGCUCCACUACGCGGCCUCCGGCGGCGAGGUCAAGUGCUGCCAGAUCCUGGUGUCGAGAGGAGCGGACAGAAUGGCCGUCAAUUCCAACGGGCAGGUGGCUCCCGGUGGACGUGGCCCGGAUCUUCGCGCGGAACUGGCUGGAGCACGUGCUGUCGCCCAAGUCGCCGCUCUCCGUCCCCAAGUUCCCGCCUUCCCCUCACCUCUCCCUCCCGCUCCCAUCCCUCCUCGCCAUCGCCGCCGACCACGCCGCCCGCCUCCUCCUCACCACCACCACCUCCGUCGCCGUCGCCGGAGAAGACGAGGACGACAAGGAAGAGGAGGAGGAGGAGGCAUGCUCCGUCUGCCUCGAGCGCCCCUGCACCGUCGCCGCCGAAGUGUGCGGGCACGAGCUGUGCCUCAAGUGCGCGCUGGACCUGAGCACGGUGAUGAAGGCGUACGAGGUCCCGGGGCUCGCGGGCGCCGUCCCCUGCCCGCUCUGCCGCAGCGGGAUCGCCUCAUUCAGGAAGGCCGCCGCGCCCGACGACGACGACAACUGCGGCGGCCAUAAAGAGGCUCCCGGCGGCGGCCAGCUGGAAGAGGAGGAGAAGAAGGCGAAUUGCGCGCACGCCACGGCCGCCCUGCACCUCGCUCCCUUCGCCGCCGCCGUCGCGUCGUGAUAUUCAGAUUAAUCUUCGUUUGGUCAGUCAAGAGCUUCAGAGUUCAGACUGGUAGGCAAGCAAACAAGACAGGGGGAUGGGCUGUUCAGUUCGUCAGUUACUCAGUUAGUACUGUAAACACAUUCUUUCUAUGCAGAUUGCAGAUUACAGGACUAGCUAGUACUAGUAUUAUGCACAUACGUAAACACGUAGUUACAGGCAAAAGGGCAUUUGAUUUGUUGUGUUUGGGUUCUGAAUGUAGAUAAAGACGGUGCAUUUGGGGAUUGCUUAAUUAGGGGGGUGGGUGGGUGAUGUAAUUAAGCUGUGCAGGGAACCUACCUGAUUAUAACAUUCUUUCUCUUGCUGUAAACCUCUGUUCUUUGGUAAGAAAAACGUGGGAUUGAUUCUUUGCAAUAUGGGAUCCUGGUGGUGUGCAGAAA